AUGUUCAAAGGUCUGAGUGGGGAGAACGUCAGAGACCCUCUUGUCUGCAGACAACUGACAGGAACUGAACUGCUGAAGAUGUCACCUCAGAGUUCACCUGCGAGGCACAAAUGUAAAUUUAUUUGUACACACUUAAAACUGACAAGCACAAAUCCCUUUCCUUAUACUGCAGCCAUUGUGGAAAAAGAAUCAAACUCGGGUCUCACACAAUCAGCAGUUAUUACGACCACAGGUUCGACUGUUAGCCGGCCUCAUGCUUCCACUCCUAUAACUCCUGCAAAACAAACAUCACCUAACAGAAUUACCGGUCUGACUGUUGGUAGACCAAGUAACACUGAUAGUUUUAUCUCUACUUCCCUAAUACCAGUGAAACCAUCAGUAGCUCUGACACUAAAUACCGCUAGCACUAAAGCUAGCUUGUUCCCUGAAACGUCAUCAGAAACAUGGAUACGGAAGUCGAUAAUAGUUGUGGCUGGUUUUGGAGUAACUGUGGGUGUUAUCUCACUGGGACUGGGACUUUUCUGUACCAAAAGAAGAACUGAAGGAUGUUCUUACAAGAGGAAACAAACCAAUGUCACAGAUGACUUUAUGUACAUGAUAAAUCUUGACUAUGAGGGAUUGUUCUCUGCAGAUAAUGAUAAAGCCAAUGAUGUGAUCACCUCAUUACCUGGUCUUGAAUGUCCUACUGGUUCUGACAAACCGAACAGGCGAGAGCCUCAAACUGAGGACUCUGACAUAUACCAUGUGUACUGCACCAUCCCUGACGACCCACCUCCAUCAGCCCUGAAGGACAUGGUGUACAGCACAGUGCAGACUCACUGAAAAUGUUUUAUACCUAAAAAGAAUGUAGAUAUCUUGUUUAAUUUUCAAUUAUAUUUAACAUUUGUAUCAAAUAACUAUUUGUAUAUUCUAACUAUGUCAUUCAAUAGCAGUACUCCAUAUUAGGCGUUGACCAAAGUGAAACAAUUAUAGUAAACAUAUCUACAAACUGUUUAUCGUCAACACAAAUGUUCAUACAUUUAUCUGCAAAAUA